AUGCAACUGCAGUGAGACCACCUUGGGCUCUAGCACUUGGCUGAACUCACGCGAGCCAGAAUGUUUACACAUUCUAGCUGUUAUCCAGAAGUGCUUAUCUAAUUGUAGGAAGAGCCAAAUUUUCUCUCGAUUUUAUAAUUAGUUCAAAGGUUGCUCGUGUGCGAAAUGCGAUGCACCGGCCGCGAGAAGAGAAAGAGCCGCCUCUCCCUCUUUAGUUUGCCAAUGCAGCAGGACCACAAAAAAUAUAAAAGGCCGCCCCCGGAGGCCGUCACACUCAUUCCGUCUGCAGGAUGUUUGCCGCAAAGUGCUCUCUCGUCGUCGCUCUUGUUAGCGUAUGCGCAGCGGCGCCUGCCGUGGAGCACGAGACAGCAGCUCAGAAGCUGCGAUCUUCGGAGUCUUCUCCAAUAAGGCGUCAGUUUCCGCUACAGCCGACCCCACAGUUGCCAGUGGUACCUUUGAGGCCGAGUGACGUCCCCUCACCGAAUGCGGCCCCCCGACCAGGUCUAGCCCCCUUGCCGCUCUUGCCGAGCCUGAGACCCCGUCCCAGCCUGGUACCUACUCUUCCUGGCGUCGGCUCUCUAGCGCCGGUGGCACCGCCGCAGAUCAACCCAGGCGACCAGUUCUUUGAUAAGACUCCGGAAGGACGAUUUUCCUCAGGGUUCCGCAGCGCUGACGGCACUCAGGUCUAUAUGGAGGGUGAGUUGGUGCCUACGACUGACGGCAAGGAUGUGGUGGUAGUCAAACGGGGCGCUUACAGCUACAUCACGCCAGAGGGAAACACUAUCAGCGUCAGGUACGUAGCUGACCACCUCGGAUUCAGGGUCAUACCUGGCGACCAGAGGGUGUGAGUGGAACGGGAUAUCAAGCGCGCAUUCAUCGCAGCAGACAUACGAGACUGGGAUCUGACAUGUUUUGCAGUUUUAUGCAAGUCUGAAUAAAAAUGUUGUAAUAUA